AGGCGGCCCGGGCGCCAUGGAGCGGCUCGGGGAGCGCUCGGCGGCCCGGCUGGCCGCCGUGCUGCGGCACCUCUCCCCGCGGCCGGCAGCGGCCCCGGCUCCGAUAAGCAUUCCUACUUCAGCCCAAGUCAGUGUUGUUCCUCAUUCAGGGAGGUUUUGCUACACCCUGGACAACGAUCUGCUGACCACAGAGCAGAGGCAGUUCUAUGAGGACAACGGGUACCUGCUCAUCAAGAACCUCGUUUCUGACGAGGACAUUGAGCGCUUCAGGAAGGAGUUCUUGAGGAUCUGUAGAAGAGAAGUGAAGCCACCAGGAAUUAUGAUUAUGAAAAAUGAGUCCCUGAGAUCCCAGUUUGGUCAGUCUGAAAAUGUGGUUAAUAAAGUGCAGGACUUCCAGGAAGAUGAAGAGCUGUUCAGAUACUGCACUCUUCCAGAGGUCCUCAAAUAUGUUGAGUGCUUCACAGGGCCAAACAUCAUGGCAAUGCACACCAUGCUGAUAAAUAAACUUCCAGAUUCUGACAAGCAGACCUUCCUGCACCCCAUGCAUCAGGACCUGCACUAUUUCCCGUUCCGGCCGGCGUCCCGCAUCGUGUGCGCCUGGACCGCCAUGGAGAGGGCUCACCAGGACAACGGCUGCCUGGUCGUGCAGCCAGGGACACACAAGACAGCCCUGAAGCCUCAUGGUUAUCCAGAGUGGGAGGGUAAAACCAACAAACUUUUCCAUGGGCUGCUUGAUGAGGAUGAGAAGAUUCCCAAGGUUCACCUUGUCAUGGAGAAGGGAGACACAGUGUUCUUCCAUCCCCUGCUCAUUCAUGGCUCUGGGAUAAACAGGACAUCAGGUUUUCGAAAGAGCAUCAGCUGCCACUUUGCCAGCUCAGAGUGUCACUACAUUGAUGUCAAGAACACAACUCAGGAGCACCUGGAGAAGGAGCUGCAGGAAAUGGUUUGCAAGAAAUAUGAUGCAACUUCUGUGGAGCUGAAGGACUUAUGGAACUUCCGAGCACGGCUUGUGCAAGGGGAAAGAAUCAACCUGUAGAAGACUCCGUGAAGAGCAGGAUGGAAAACAUGGGCCUGAGAAUGAGCUUCUCUGAGGGGAGAACACAGACCCUGCCUGGGCAGGCAGAAUUCCCUUUGUUGACCUCUGUAAUGGUAACUUAGCCAAAUGCUGCACUGCAAAAUUGUUCUAUGCUAAUUCAUAAUGAUUCCACUGAGCUUGGACAGCUGAUGUAUGUCAAAGGAAGCCUAACCUAGAAAAACAGAUUUCCUGCAGGUGUCUUAGACAAUUGAAGAAUCAAAGUCUUGAAAGAACACCUUGAUUUUCUUGGUGUUUUCAUUCUUGUUUCUUAAAAGCUUUUAACCAUGACACAUCUUUAGGAUGAUGCUGUACCAACAUAAGAGUUUAUGCAAGAAUUUGCAGUAUUUCCAACUUCCUUUCCUGUGCCAAAAAAAUUAAAAAAUUCCAUUUCAGACAAGCCCUCGGUGACAUGGGGAGUUACUAGUGUAGCUGAUGAAGAUGUGGGUGUUAGUACCAGCAGAAUCAAUGGUGUAAGGAAGUGGCUAAAGAGAAAGCAGCAACCACUCACAGAGAAAAAAUGGGAUUUAUGGACAGGAAUAUGACUGCUGGUAGAGUUCCUCAAGCAUGGCUUGGCGUGGCAUCAUACCUGACCAGGCAGCUCUGGGACAGGUGAAAUAGGAGUCUGACAGUGUUGGGAGCUUCUGGGCCAACAAAGCAGCCUCCCACUGGCCUUGCACAACUGAUCCAAGGCUGUGUGAAACGAGGAAUCCUUUGAGUCUGGCAGGUCUGGGAUAAGGAGCCUUUGGCUGCUGCCAGGUUGAAGAAAUGUUUGGAUGCACCCUGGAUCGCAGUGGUGGCAGGGUGGAGUGAUACACACUGAAAUGAUCCUCUUGCCUUUGACAGUGUUUUUCUUUGCUUUCUGAAAGAGUCUUUAACUUUCAGACUCUGUUUUUUGAAAUGAAGAAUAAACCAGAGCAAAACUGCACUUGAGGGCUGUGUUGUGUCAUUGCUGCUGUUCAGAAACUGGUGCUGGGGAUGUCAUUGAACACCCCAGUGCAAAGAAUCAAUGUUCAGCUUGUUUUCACUCCCCCCCAAUCCACCCCAAAAAGAACCAAAGGCUGCAGUGAUGGGUUCUUGUGGCACCUUGUGCAUCAUUUUGUGAUUCUUCAUCUUCGUGCAGCAUAUCUAGGUUUUCUUGUUUGUUUGGUUUUUAAAGAAGGUGAGGUUUAAGCACAAUUAAGUGUUGGUCCUACACCCUUGGUGAUGGAGUGAGGUGUCAGCACUGUGGUUCCCACCUGGAGCCAGACAUAACCUCUCAGCAGCUUCUGGUUUGACCACAACACCAGAAAGUGAUGAGAGUCACUUAGGACAGACCCCUAGCCUGGCUCAGCGAGUGAUUUUGGGUGUCCUGGUUCCCCAUACCCUCUAUAACCCUGGCACUGAUGGAGAGCAUGGCCCAGGUGGGUGAUUUCCAGUGAGCUGGAGAUCCCUCUGGUGAUUUUGCCGAGUCCUUUCCAUGGGAUUUUUGUGAGAACUUGGUGUAUUCUGUCUGGUUCACAGCACAGGACUGAUGGAGAGACUUCCCUGUCUGGUGUCACUGGUGGAGCUGGGUUGACUGCAGAGGGAGCUGUGACCACAGAGAAGAGCUAAAGGUGUCACAUUCCCAGUUUUAAGACUGAGAUACUAUAGCUAGGAAGGAGAAGUAAAGGAAGAAGUUUACCUUUGUUUUUAAAAAUGUAUGCACCUCUGCCUAUGGAUUUCAGCUUAAAAUUGCCUCUUUCAGAAGAACAAACCCAUCAAUGACCUCAGAGAUCAUCUAAACUUGGCAGUUGUCCCACCUGGUGAGACUUGUGUCCUCAUUCCUUCCCACACCUUGUUGGGUAACCACCCUCUGGGGCAGGCUGUGCUCGUUCUGCUGGGCAGAGCACAGUUGGAUGGAGCUGGAUUCUCCCAGAAUGGAUGUGUGGUGUUGCUGGAUACCUCCUCUAGCAAUAAUACUUUUGAGAAAUAAACUUCCAAACCUGUUAGGCAGAGCUUCAGGAGACAGGGAAAUGCAGAAGCUGUUGAAAUGCUUGUGUUGCUGUGCAUUUUAGUGAAGCAGCACUUACCCUAUUAGAAAAGUUGCUUGAAUUGAAUCAAAUUAAAAGCAAAAUAUUUAAAGUUAUUUUGGUAGUAGUGUGUUUUGGUUUAGCCCUGGUUUGGUGAGAUGUUCCUUACAAUUUGGUUGUAGGUGUUCAGGUUCACAUGUAAAAGGUACGUGUGUGCUCCUAAAUUGAUGUAACAGCAUGUUUCAUGUAAAACUUUCUUUACAACUAACUUCAUGUUCCUGCAGGUUAGGUUAACCAUGUUAGCCCUUCUUGGAUAAUUUUUUUAGUAGCAGCAUCCAAGAUUCAAAAAGAACCAUGUGAAACUUAGACAUCUGGCUGCUUAUUUGGCCAUCUGCAGUUGCACAAAGCCCCAGUCUUUCAGAAACUUUUUUUUCUGCCUUGACAUUUCACAUGUGUUGAAAACAAAAGCCUCCUGGAGCUUGGUAAAAGACAAUGAACAGAGAAGAUAUUUUGCUUCGAAUUUAUGUGCUAUUUUCCAGACUAGCAGUUCAGAAAUGUCAGAUUUAGUCUGACUCCUGACCUUGCUGACAGUGGUUGCACGCUCAGCGCUUUGAUGUGAAGACACUGGGCAGGUGCCAAAGGAAGGAUUUUGAAUCCCAGCUUUGACUUCUAAUGCUGUAAAUCAAAGUCUUACUUCAUGCAAGAGAAAUGGGGAGGAAAAGCAAGUUUAAUUAACUACAUUAUAGUUUUUUCAAAGUAGAUUUGACUCUAUAAGCUGAUCUGGGAUGUAGGAGAUCCUUUUCCAGCAGUCAUUUGUAAUCAAAGUGGCAGUGAGUGAUGCCCAAUGUCCUCACACAGCUGUCACCUCACCAGCUUAGAGUGCUACCACAGGGCUGUUAAGAACAUGAUCCAAGAGCAGCUGGAGAAAGAAGUAAUUGAAUUUGGACAUGCAAAAUAUAAAACAGUUUCUGCUCCAGACCUUGUGCUAAUCUUAAAUCACUACCUUAUCUUGUAACUCACAAGUGAUUUUGGCCUUUCUGCUGAUAAGGUUUCUUGCUGCCAGCCUGUGCUGGAGAAGCAUCCUUGCUCCACACACAGCCCCUUCACAUCCCUCUAAAUCAGCCCAGGAGCUCUGCACAUCCAGCUCUACUUAUCAUUGUUCCCACCUCUGGGCUGCCAAAUUUGAUUUCAUCCAUGUUCUUUGCUGUCUUUUCAGUGGAAAUCAACCCAGGUAGGAUGGGCUUGUGCCAGCAGGUGUUUAGGCAGGAGAGGCUGUAAUUCAAUCCUUCUGUACCUGGAUUUGCAAGAGGACAUAGUUUAUGAAACACCCAUCCAAGAACCUUCUCUGCUCACCACAUCAAUCCAGUGAGCCUCUUGACUUACACCAGGCAGGGUUUUGUGCCUUGGAGCUUGUAGCUUUUAAUUUAAUUCAGCGUUGUCUGUACAUUUCUGUUUGAGACUUUGAAGAGGCAGUGAAUAAGUUAGUGGGUGUUUUUAUAGCCAAACAGAUCUGCUCAUACCAGGAUGAAGCAGGAAACACUGCAUUCAAAGAUGCUGUUUUCUAGGUUUGUUGUUGCUGGAGUUUUGUUUGUGGGGUAGGUAGGAAGAAAUGAGCAAAAGUAGUGUAAGGAAAAAGAAUCAAUCUUUAAAGCGACCUCUGAGGACCAGGAUGGGAAACCUGUGCCUGAGCAUCAGCUUGAGGAGCCAGUCAUGUGCUUUUUGCCCCCUGUGUAAGGAACUUGCCCCAAAUGCUGCAUUAUAAAAGUAUUUCAUGGUAGUACAAAGUAAAUGCAGCAAGGCUGAACAGCUGAUGGACUUCAAAGAAAACCUGACUUACAAAAUCAGAUUGCUGCAGCUAGUGUAGGUAAUGAAAGAUAAUGAUGAGUUGUGCAUUAAUUUUUUUUCUGGUCAUUCUCUUGUCUUACUUUUGGGCUCACACUCUAUUAAUGUAAGGUCACUAAUAAUAUAGUUGGUAAAAUCAUAUUAUAAAAUUUCCAUGUGUAAUUAUGUGUUUAAAGUUUUUAACAUCCUUCUGCACAGAAUCAACCAGUGAAUCAGUUUCAGUAUGAGCUUACAUGGGAAGUCAUUGCUACAGCUGAUGGAGAAUGUGGAUUUUAUUUUGGUUUUGAAAUAAAGAUUAAAUUGUAGCAAAA